AGGUGUGUGUAUUAUUGGAAGGAAAGCCGUUGGAGACGGCUUUGCCGUAAACUUCGUCCCAGACCGACACUGUGUCAAUCACAACAAACAACACAAAGAUCAUCGAAAAACUGAAAGUGGAAAUAAAGUGAGCUGAAGUGAGCGAUGUAUGACUGCUGUCCUGUGUGUCUGGGCAGGCUUCGUCGGCAGGUGAAGACGCCAUGCAAGCACACAUUCUGCAAGAACUGUCUAUGCAAUGUUUACAAACACAGCCCCGCCAAAGCCUGUCCACUCUGCCGGGCCCCAUUGGAGUACUACAUCAGCAAGAGGAACAGCACAAUCAAACUGGUCUUCUUUUCAUAGAGUCCCUCGUUAAAUUUAAAUGUUAAUGGAUGUUGCUUUUCUGUUACUUGUUUAAAUUAUUUCAUUUUGUUUAAUUUUAUAUAUAUAUUUAAAUCAAAAGUUGCACAUUGGACACCCGGAUUCCGAAAAUCAAUAGCUUAGCUUAUGCAACGCAAUGUUGCCCAAAGACAGUGAAAUUAUGAUUAAAUCGCUUGACUGGAAGCUUCGGGGUCUUCAUUCAGCCAAGUACAACAAUCGAUUGGAGAAUAGUCCUCGUCCUUUUCCUUUUUUUCCGCUUUCCACACUCAAAUAUUCCAUAUACAUAUUGCAAUAUUGAAUGCUCUGCCAGCGGCGCUACAAGGAGCAGGGACAUGAUGCGGAAUAAGCAGGGGGAUACGCCCCCUUUGAGCCUAGGAUAUUCUAUAUGGUGAUGGUCGUGCAGACAUAGCACUCUCACAUUGGCACAUAAAAAGCGAGCUGCGCUAUAUAUAGAGGAAAUAAAAUAAAACUCACAAUGACAAGCAAAGGAUUUCAAUCGGUAUGCGGUUCGAGUAACGCGCCUGCACUUAUAUAUCUGUAGAUUCAUGUGCAUUAUGCUUCAUUAUGACGGGGCAAGGCCAACGGAAUAGUGGACAGGCAUUGCGCAUACGCCGCGUUGUGUGGAUGCUCAUCGAUGCGGAAUCAGAGCAGUAGUGAAAAAUCGCUGCCGUAAAUCGAAUAAAACUGCAGCCAGGACCCAUUAAUUUUUUUCUCCCCCAACUGCACUUAAUUGAGGCGGCAAAUUAAAUUUGUACCCAACUGGGUCAGGAGAUUAAAGAAGCAUAUGUCGAGCCGCAUCUAGCAUACGCCAUGUUGGCCCGACCAAUUAGGAAACCAACUCGAUGGGCAUAUCGGCAAAGUUGUAGCGCAUCAGUAUAUGGAACGAGAAUGACUAUCGCCAUGGAGCUUAUCAUUAGCAAGGGACCAGAGGCACUCCCUCCUUUUUUUGCUCUACUUUCUCCCAGGGCUUCCCUUUUGUGAUUUAUGUCUUCGUCAUUGGUUAAAAGGAUGCUGCGAGGUUGCGUCUGGCAUCUACGCAGUUAUACUGACCUGACAGCGGCGGCAACAGUUUCCGGUCUUAUUUAUGGCUCCAAGGAUUCCCAGAUGGGCAUUGCAUAACUCAGCACGAGCAGACCGAUAAGUGGUUGGACAUUCACUUGAGAGAUGGUUUCUUAAAGUAGCCCACCGACAUUUCCUGCUCUCUGCCAAGUGUGAAUCAUAAAUUUCCAUCUACUUUAAUUAUGCGAUACGCACUCAUAUCGACUUUUUGCUGCUGCUCUUAAGCAUUCUUUUUAGCUAACUUUUUUUGUCCUGCCACCAGAAUUUUCCCGUGAAAAGUUUUAAUUAUAAAAGUUCGGGCCAACGCUGCGGCAAACACAUAGAACAAGAAAUACGACAUGCCGCAAUGCCAGAAAUCAGUGGAAACAAUGGAGUGAAGUGAGGCUGACCUCAAUUCUUCAGACAUCUUCAUCAUAAAUCCGGAGGGUAAACAAGGCCAGCAAAAACUAAUUAAUUGGCUUUUCAGGCGCCGGCAAUCGAUUUUCGUGGAUUAUUUUAUAUGACCAAUCCUACCGCUGUAUCUCACUACGUCAUUUGUCAAAAGAAAUUUCCCAAGCUCUUUAAUCGAA